CCAUGUGGAGAAGCAAGAUGGCGGCACGGUGGAGGAGGAAAGACGGAAAUUUAAAUGCCGGCAUCAGCGACUUUUUCUCCGGCAACAACCCCAAUGAGUUUCUUCUGAACAGAGGAGAAGGGAAACCUGUGGAGAUGGACUCAGAAUCCUGUGUGGAUCACUCCAUCCUGGCUAUUUUUGAGGACGCUGCUGUUUCUUCUGAGGGUAAGAGCAGAGUGGAGGAAGAGAACGAGAACCUGCUUUCUGCUCUCACUGAGAUGUUGGAAAAUGUGGAGGAUGAUGAUGGGACUCUGUCUCCUUUUGACACUCUGCCAGAGUCCACACUUCUCACCCACCAGGAGCACAAGGACAACUCAGUGGAAAUGUCACUUGCUGACAGACUUAGACAACAACUUAAAACUCCCAAUUUACCACUCACACUCAAAGGUGAUGGAGUAAAAGAUAAUGAGAGCAACAAAGAGAGAGACGUUUUGUUACAACAACAAAACAGGACAUUGUUUCAGUCCAAAAAUAACAAAGCAGAGGCUGAAGUUGAAGUCUUUACUACAGCCUCUCUUGUGAACCUGGUCAGGAUCAUGCACCCUUAUUGUUUGAAGCUGCGUGUGGAGGAGGAAGGGAAGGACCACAAGAGCACAACCAGACCAACGGCCUCCUCCUUGGACAACACCUUAUUCUCCAAGGAAGAAGUGUGGAAGUAUGAGAGGCCAGCUGAAGACAUUGAUGAGGAGAUAAAUGUCGUGUCUGAUGAUGAUGAUGGACCCGUGGAGGAGAAGAGGGUGGGAGAUGAAAAGGGUGAUGGAAGUAAAACACUGAAGAGUGCAUUACUGAAUGGGAACCCAUCCAGAAAUCAGCCACUGAGAGAGAAGAAAAGAGUGAGUUUCGGCCCUGUGCAAGUGGCUUCUUUUGAUGAAUCCAUAGAACAGAAUGAGAAAAAUCUAACAAGUGGAGUAGCAAUUUCACCUCCACAGAAACCACUUGGAAACCCAACUGGAUCAGUACUUGAAGCCCAGACACCUCCCUCUGAAAACAGAAGUCGAUCAUCAGAGGGUCAGCCGCAAAAAAGUGAGACCAAGGCAAAAUCACUCAGCCUGCAACAGUACAGACAACUGCGCCAGAAGAGACAACCCCUGGUGGAAAAACAGGGGAACUACACCACCAAAUGGCCAUCUGUGUCUGAGCCCCCCAAAGAGCUGACUCCCAUACUGUGUCUGCAGGGACAAAACAAGACAACACUGUUUUAUCCAACAGAUACCAAAUGUGGCACUGCUUCAGAGAAGUCAUCUGCUUCAUCAGCACUUCAUCCAGAGUCCAAGCCAUACAAUCGCAUGCACCAUAAAGGAAAACCUCAGAGAUCAAAGGUCAGGUCACCUCCAGAACAUCAGAAAAGUCCAGUAAAGACUCAGACGCUCCUCAGUAGUGAUCCCCCAAAUCCUGUCCUUGUGCCACUGCCAGCCACCCAACCAUCUAAAGACAUAUGUGGACCACAACUGUCCACUGCCCAAGUCUCAUUAGAGACAGAAGUGGAGGAAGUAAACAGCCUUAAGAGCACCAGACUCUUACAGACCCCAGCAGCAGAGCCAGAGCUCACAGUGUUGCUAUUUAACCCUGAUUGUAACCUUACCGGCACUGACUUGCCUCAGGAGGAGUCCUCAGACAGAACCUCCAGAUCUCCAGGACUCUGCUCCACCAUGACACACCAAGCACCUUCAGAAUGCAUCAUCCCGAGUCCUCAAAAGUGCAGUCCAAGCUCAGCACAACAAAGCAUGCUGGUACCAAGUAUCCCAGAGUCACCAAGUCCGACUAGGGUCACACAAGUACAAUGUCCUUCGUCCUAUCAGCCACUGACUCCUGUAGCUACACCUGUAAAGGAGACAUUACCAGAGGUUGUCUCCAGGAUUUGUCCACCAGAGGCACCACCACCAUCUCUCCAGCUUGAUUAUAAAGUGCAAAGAAUUGAAGCCACUGAUCUGACGAGCCUGUUGGAACAGUUUGAGGAAACACAAGCUAAAGAGGAGGGUGAGUGUGAGAAAGAGCUGCAGAUCAAACCUGAACACAUGGCUGGACCGGUCACUGCUGCUCCACCUCCAAACACACUGAAAGUCACAGACGUCCACAGAUCACAGUGUGUUGUGAGUUCCAGAUUACUUCAGACACCCUCUGCAGAAGUACAUAUAAGCACUUCAGAAUCGGCAGCGACUCCAAAAACCCUCAGCAGUCGACCAAAUUUCCAAACAGCAGAUGACGUGGAAAUUCCAGAGGCACUCGGCACUGAAAUCAUCCUCACCACCAGGCGGAAAGUCACUCCAUCCAAGUCCAUUCAGAUAAUUGACCCUCGCCCUCUGCCAUCCAAAAAGACCCACCCCAGUCUCCCAGAGUCCUCUGCUACCUAUAUGUCUGCUCACAUAUUUGCAUCUAUAUCCUCUGAUCACGAUUACUGCAGUUCACUGACACCUGCGACUGAACGUAGUAGAGCCUGGAAACUCAAGGAUAUCUCUGAAACCUCUGACGAAAUGCAGGUGAACACAUGUGACUCAAGUAUCGCUGUUGCUGCUGCUGUGUGCAAAGGGCAGACCCCGCCUGGCGACCCUCACACCCCCUUCAGAACUGAGAAUGAGUCUGUGAGGCUGGACCACAAGACCACCUCAGACAUGGACCGGUCCUCAGAGCUGCUGUUCUCAGACCAGGCUGUCACAGGGGAGAACUGCAGUUCAUCAGAGGCCGGGACAGAGUUGAGCAUCCCCCCAACGCCUCCCCCCAGCCCUCCUUGCAGAGGCAGAGGGAGGGACAGGAGGAGGAGAUAUCGCAGAAGAUCCCCUCGUUCUGACUCCAGCUCCAGUUCCCACUCCUCAACCUCAUCAUCCUCCUCCAGCAAUACAUCUUGCUCUCCAAAAAGACAAAAGCUCCAUCACAAGUAUUCAGACAGCAGCUCUUGCUCCUCCUCCCCGUCUUGCUCUGUUUCACGCUCCCCCUCACCUCUGGGACACCAGAUGUCUUACUCCAGACCGAGAUUUAGCAGGUCAAGAUCCAGAUCGUGGUCCAGGUCUCGGUCCCGAUCCCCAUGCCCACGUAAUUACCAGAGGAGAUGGAGAGACGUUAGCAGCAGGGAGUCCAGGAAGCUCAGGAGGGAGCAUGAAAUUAGGAUUCAGAAACUCAGAGCCAUAGAUGAGCGUAGGGUGGUAUAUGUUGGCCGCAUCAGGAGAUCUAUGACCCACAAUGAACUAAGAGAGCGUUUCUCUCAGUUUGGAGAUGUGGAGUGUGUGUCUCUUCACUUCAGAGAUCGAGGUGACCACUAUGGCUUUGUCACCUUCUACAACAUGGAAGAUGCUUUUGCAGCCAUUGAUAAUGGUGGAAAACUCCGGAGGCCUGACGAGCUGCCGUUUGACAUCUGCUUUGGCGGAAGAAGACAGUUCUGCAAUUCAGACUAUGCAGAUUUAGAUGCAAAUCGGGAUGCGCACUUGUCUCCUGUGAGGACCCGGUUUGAGGAAGACGACUUUGAUUCUUUACUCAAACAAGCUCAGAGAGGCAUUAGGAGGUAGCAGAAGAGUACAGACCAAUCAGAGCACCACAGUGGUCACAGCAGAAGUUUAUUCAUUAACCUCAGAGCUUUUUGCUCACAUUUAUGUAGCAGAUGUUUGUCUUUUUUUAAUGUUUUGCUAUAUGCAUGGUGUUUUUGUUGUUUACAACAAUAUAUAUAUAUAAAAAUAUGUAGCACUGAUGAUUGGUAAAAUGUAAUUUCUCUCUAAAAGUUUUUGCAUUCCACAGCACUAGAUUUUGUACAAUUGUAUGCAACAAUUAAAAGGAAUUUCCUGAUGA